AUGAAGCUCGUCCAAUCUAUGGCCUUUUUGGUCUUGAUGGGCCUUGCGUCAGCCUUUAGCGGUAGGCACAGAGCCCACGAGGAUAUGCUGCAGGUGCCCCCAUCCUUUGCACGUGAUGGUGUUUACAUGUAUCCUGCUCUACACCCUGAGCAUGACCCCCAAGACCACAGACAUUUGGUCCCGGAAGAUUCCAAAGAAUUGUAUUACAGCCAAGAAGGCCACAGGCCUCCUCUCCAUGGUGCAAAGCAUGGUCGGUUGUAUGCUACUUUUUCGCGACCUACGGUUGUGUUGGAGCAUUCGAGCCACAUCAAAGAAGUCAAAUGUGGCAACCGAUCCAUUGAUAUCUGUUUCAGCAACUCCGAGGCAAUGCAUACCGUGGAGAAUGCGUGGAAAAAAUACAAUGCCUCGUCGUUCAAUCUCGUCACCUACCAUCACGGAUGUGGCCAUCUCACAGGAGAAUACCGUUCUUUCUUUGUUGCCUCCCGCCCUUCCUUCCAUGGAAAUUGUACGAGAGUAGCUACUACGCUCUCGGAUGAACAGGAAAUUCAUGAUGGAGACCUGAAUUGGGGAACAUAUCGGAGUCCACAUAUCAACAAACGACAGCCAGUUAAAGGACAUGUCAAAGCUUCCAAAGCGGACACAACAAUGCGCCAGUAUCGGAAUAUACCCCAUAAGCUCAAUGGUACGGGGGACGACCUCCAAGGCUUGAACGAAACCUUUCCUCGCGGAACUGUCGACCUUACCAAGAAUGCCUCGGCAGUUUUGAAUUUCUUCGGAACCAAUGCAAGUUCUAUUAACAUUGAUAUCCCCGAUGAGUACGAGAUUGGUCUUGACUACCUAUCCGAUGAAGACUAUAAUGGUCUUGCUAAGCGAGUGAAAAAGGCUGUGGAAAUUAUCGUCAAGAUUGCAGUCAUCGCCGCAAAAAUAGUUAUGGUGGUAUUUGGUGUUCCAUUCGAAGAGGAAUACCAUGCAGAUAUUAAGUUUGAUUAUACAACUGGUGGUUCCAAGCUACCAGUUGACUUUGGUUCAUUUGGCGGGAACUUUGCAGGAAGUGCCAACGAUGCAAAGGCGCUUUUGCACAAAGUCGGAUUGUCAGAAACCAAUUUUGUUCUCUCCAAACCGGGCGCCGGAGCGAUGGUUGUAUGCAACAGCUGUGGAGCAAAGGGAAAUCUGAGCUUUGAAGGAGCGUUGUCGUUCAGCAUCACUAAAGGUGUUUACAGGGCACGAGUAUCGUUGAACAACCACGACCCGUUCAUAUUCGAUGCGAUAUUCAACAUCACAACUGAUGCCAAGGCGUUCAAAGAUAAGGCAGGAAAAGGAGGGAUCAAUACAGUUCUGGAAAAAGAGCUGUAUUCUGUGGCCUUGUCUCCUCUCACAAUUCCCAAAGUUAUCACCAUUGGCCCUCAAGUCUCUGUGAAUGCCGCCGCCAGUAACUAUGUUGAUUCACAUGCGGAAUUCAUAGCCGGAGGAAGGUUCUCUAUCGCGCCAGGAGAAAUCGCUCUAGAUAUUCAAACUGAGAACAACAAGGCAUCUGGGUUUAAUCCAUCUUUCCAGCCAAUCUUUGAGUUUCAGAAAGGAAACGUCAUUGCAACUGCGGACCUCGCUUUGCCAGUUGGAAUUGAGCUUGCUAUCGAUGUUCUUACUGGUACUUGGAAGAAGGCGAUUGGGGUUUACACAGCACCUUCUCUCUACCUGACUGCCGGAUAUUCAUAUGGUGAAAAACAUGCCUGUGACAAUGGGAUAGAGCUCCGCGCUGGGGCAAAAAACCGUAUCUACUCCUCGGCCCUCGGAAUAUGGGAAUACGAGUUCAAGAACUUGGGUUUCACAUUUUAUGAGACGGGCUUCGGCUGCAUUUCUAAACAGGGGUGGAAUUCUUCGCAGGUUGAAGACACCGACUUUUUGAAAAAUACUGACCCAAAUGCCUCGACAAAUGCGACUGACGAGGUACUACAGAAGGUUUCAGAGUCCGUUGGAGGCGAACAGAAUCUUGCUUCCAAUAAGACACUUCAACUUACUCCACCCCAACCCGUCAUCUACGAGGACGAGCACUUUUCUGCUGAGAACAAAGACAAGGACAAGAAUAAGCUGCGGAAGCUUCCAAAGACAAAUGGCUUCCGUCUGAUCCAGGAUGCUGGCCAAACGGCAACUCUCGUAUCGGGCAAGGAUGGACAUAUCUAUCUCGCAAAUAACUCAGCAGAGUACGAUAUUAGCGCACCUUGGGGUGGGCUGGAGGUCGACAAGAAUAUUUUUACUUACGAUGUUUUUGGACGUCUCAUUUGGAUUGAUGCGAGAGCCUAUAAUUUCCACAUGAUCGAGAUGGGGGUAUCUCGUGCUGAGAAUAUGCCCAAAGAAGCACUUGCUGCGUAA